AUGGCCACAGGCGGUGAUCUCGACGGGGAAGACCAGACUCGACCCACCUGGGACUCCGGUGGCGCGGCUGCCGGGACAGCGAGCGGCAGCGCAAACGAUGGGAUAAACAGCGCAACAACAGCUAUAGAGCGGCCUACGGAUGAGGAGAUCUUAGCACAGCAGAACCAGAUACGGGCUGAGCAAGCACAGAAGUCGGAAUAUGUCGGGUUUGAGGAGCCCAUGUCGGCACUCAAGGAGGAGUACAUCAACGGCAACCAAAAUUUCGUACAGAAGAUUGGCAAACUGGAAGCCAGCUAUGGCACGUUCCGGCGGACGCGAGGGGACGGCAACUGCUUUUUCCGUGGCUUCAUCUUCGCAUACCUUGAAAACUUGCUGCUAACACACGACCUUCCCGAGUGCAGCCGGUUCAUGUCAGUGGUGCAGGCGUGGAAGACAAGGCUUGUAGAGGGCGGCUUUCAAGAGCUUGUGUUUGAGGACGCGAUGGAUGUGCUUCUAGACCAGGUGAAGGAAAUUACCAAGCCAUACACCAACUACAUGCACGAACGCCUCCUAGUAAACAUGCGGGAUGAUACGGUAUCCAACCUCGUGGUCAUGCUGCUCCGGCUGAUCACUUCUUGCGAGGUGCAGCGACGAGAGGAUUUCUUCUUUCCUUUUAUUAUGGGUAUGUACGACGAGCCACCCGCCACGGUGGAGCUAUUUUGCCAGCGCCAUGUAGAGCCGAUGGGCGAAGAGAGCGACCAUUUGCAUAUCGUUGCCAUCACGGAAGCGCUGCAGAUCCCCGUGCGCGUGGUUUACCUGGACAGCAGCGGCAUGCCGACGGGCGGCAACGGCUCGGGCCUGGACGCUACGAUGCAUGACUUCGUUCCGGACUCGUGCGUGCCAGGCACGCAGCCGCGUGUGCACCUGCUGUACCGCCCUGGGCAUUACGAUAUUUUGUACCCCAAGGGCGGGCGUUGCGUGCUUCUACCUUGUUUGUCCGAUAUGUGA